GCUCCCGCCCCGCUCCCGCUCCCGCUCCCGUUCCCUCCCCUCUCCUUCCCCGCUCCCGCUCCUUCCCCGCCGGCAGCCGGGGACACGGCUCGGCCCGGCCCCGCCCUGCGUGGCCGGUGGCAGCGAUGCAUGCCCUCGGCGGAGCGGCGGCGGACAGUCGGAGGAGGUAGCCGGCCCGGGGAGAUGCUGUAGCGGCUCCCGCUGCUUGCUCGGAGCGGCGCCCGCCCCCGGCUGCGGGAACGGGGCCGAGGGGCUGCGGGACGGGCAGAGCCGGCCCGGCGCAGAAUGUCAGCAGCUUUUUAUUGAUGAAGAACUGCUUGUUAUCACCAAUCUGCACAUGAAAUGGAAGGGGAAAAGAUUCUGGAAAACAACUUCUGUUUUAGCCUUGCAAGAUGCUGCUUGAAGGGUAUAAAGAAGUUUAAGUGACUGCUCUACUUGAUCAAAAUGGUGGACACUGAAAACCAGCUCUAUCCCCUUACACCCUUGGAGGAGGAGGAUAUAGACAGCCCUUUAUCUGGAGAAUUCCUACAAGAUAUGGAGAACAUUCAAGAUCUGUCCCAGUCUCUAGGUGAUGAUAGUUCUGGAGCUUUAAGUUUAACAGAAUUCCAAUCACUGGGAAAUGGUCCAGGAUCUGAUGGAUCAGUUAUAACAGAUACCCUUUCACCAGCAUCCAGUCCUUCAUCCAUUAAUUUUGCCACAGCUCCAGGUAGCAUAGAUGAAUCACCCAGUGGAGCACUAAACAUUGAAUGUAGAAUUUGUGGGGAUAAAGCCUCAGGCUACCAUUACGGAGUACAUGCUUGUGAAGGUUGUAAGGGCUUUUUUAGAAGAACAAUUCGUUUAAAACUCAUCUAUGAUAAAUGUGAUCGCAACUGCAAAAUUCAGAAAAAAAAUCGUAAUAAGUGCCAAUACUGUCGUUUUCAAAAGUGCCUUUCAGUUGGAAUGUCACAUAAUGCAAUACGUUUUGGACGAAUGCCGAGGUCUGAGAAGGCCAAGCUCAAAGCAGAAAUUCUAACAGGUGAAAAUUAUGUAGAAGAUUCAGAAAUGGCAGAUCUCAAAUCACUUGCCAAAAGAAUUCAUGAUGCCUACCUGAAAAACUUCAAUAUGAACAAGGUUAAAGCCAGAAUCAUCCUUGCAGGGAAAACCAAUAACAAUCCACCAUUUGUUAUACAUGAUAUGGAUACCUUAUGUAUGGCAGAGAAGACCCUGGUGGCAAAACUGGUGGCCAAUGGGAUUCAGAACAAGGAAGCAGAGGUUCGAAUCUUCCACUGCUGCCAGUGCACGUCUGUGGAGACUGUCACAGAACUCACGGAAUUUGCCAAAUCCAUCCCCGGCUUCUCCAACCUGGACUUGAACGAUCAGGUGACACUGUUGAAGUAUGGGGUGUAUGAAGCCAUAUUUGCCAUGUUGGCCUCUGUGAUGAACAAGGACGGGAUGCUGGUGGCUUAUGGGAAUGGAUUUAUAACCCGGGAGUUCCUGAAAAGCCUGAGGAAGCCAUUCUGUGAUAUAAUGGAGCCCAAAUUUGAUUUUGCAAUGAAAUUCAAUGCACUGGAUUUGGAUGAUAGCGAUAUAUCCCUUUUUGUUGCUGCCAUUAUUUGCUGUGGAGAUCGUCCUGGUCUUGUAAAUGUAGGACACAUUGAAAAAAUGCAGGAGAGCAUUGUGCAUGUACUGAAACUUCACUUGCAAAACAACCAUCCUGAUGACACCUUCCUCUUCCCAAAACUUCUCCAAAAAAUGGCUGACCUCCGACAGCUGGUCACAGAGCAUGCUCAGCUUGUUCAGAUAAUCAAGAAGACUGAAUCUGAUGCACAUUUACACCCUUUACUGCAGGAAAUCUACAGGGAUAUGUAUUAAAGACUUUUAGUAUUUUUUUCCACAAUAUUUAAAGACAGAGAAAUACAGAUGGGAGCAAAACUACUUGUACAGUUAUGGGCUGUUCACUCAGCCCAGAGCAGGAAAAAUCUAAAACUGGGGAACUUGAGUGUUACACUUCUUUUGGUUUAGGAUCUUUCGUCUUCUUUUGAAAAAGCACUGCAGAAAAAUACUGGUCAGAGUGCUCAAUGAAGUGUCUUACAAUGGUUCUUUUAUUUGGAAAUUUGAAGAUUGGUAAGGAAUACAUAUUUGUAUAAUAAAUCAGAAUGUUAAGUAACAGAAAUGAACAAAAUUGUAUUUCCUCUUGGCUUAGUCAUUUUAGUAUUAAUAUAACAAUUUCAGCACCUUCCUUCCAGGUAUCUGCACAAUCAGAAAGACAAUGCACUUUUACCUAAUGGUAACUACUGAGAACCAGCUAACACUUUUUCUUAAAGCAUUCAGUCUAGGUGUAGCAAAUGGCUGGAUAUUACUGUCCAUACGCUUCUAAAAAUCUGGAAAGAUCUUUCAUCCAUUGUUGCUUUAAUUCCAUGAAAUUAUGUACAGCUUCAUCUAGUGUCACAUUGGCAUACUUAGGGUUAGCAGGUUUAAAAGACAGUUCUCUUAUGAAAUUAAACAAAAUCCAAAGAGUUAUCUAAAAGACAGCAGAGAUGCUCCAACGGGUGUGUCUUUAGAAGUAAACAUGAUAAACUGAUGGGACCUUUUUGUUUCAAAAGUCUGUUAAGUGAAAUGUGGAAAUAUCACUGAUGAACAAGAGAUCGAAUACCCUGUAUUUUUGUAGAACUUGUAAUAGCUCAGGAUGCAGUUUUGACAUAAAAAUACUAUUUUGAAUUAGCAAGAGUUUUGGAGAGACUGAAAAAUCUGAUCCUAGCCUAGAAAAAAAAGAAAAGAAUUUUAACUUUCCAGCAAUGAUACUGCACUCUACUGCAGUGAUAGAUGACUCCAAAGGAAUGAUUGGAUAGGAAAGGCACCAGCUUCCUCUCAGCAUCUUGGCAGUAUGGUUGUUUGGACCUGUUUGCUUUUCUGAUGAAUACACUGCUUCAUUUUCUACCCACUUGGAUAUAUUUCUAUUCCUUCUUCAGCCUCAUGGAUAGAAGUAUUUGGUACUUGUUUUCACCAGAUUUUGUCCUUGUGACAGUAAUACCAAGAGCAGUGUUUGUAGGUGUCAGACUGUGUCACAGAAUGGAAGGCAGCACAGCUGAGAGUAAGUUUAUCUUGUUCCCAGGAGUAAACUGAUUUUUUUGCUGUACUCCUGCUGCAAAGGAAGCCCCAAUGAAAUGGCUUCCUGACUUUGCCACUUCAUGGGCUCUUUUCUCAAAGUGCCUAGAAAUGCCAGCUGCAUGCAAGGCACUCUGCUGUUUCUCUUUCAUUUCUUUGAUAUGGUCACUUCAUAUUAUUACCACAUAAUUUUACUUUCUGUUUCACAACAACGAGGUCUCAGGAGCAAUCCCAGCAUUUUCACUGCAGUUAAGCUUUCAGUGGCACAGGAGGACACUUUGCACUUGUUUUAUUGUAGCACGUUUGAAGACACCAGCAUCUUCACUGCAAGGAUUGAGUGAUGAAGUGAGAACAUCACCUUGUCAUUCCUAUUUCAGUGGCAAUGCUUGUUUCUGUCCAGGCCCACAGGCACAGCUGGACACCGGAAAAAUUACAGGUUUAAAGGCAACUUGGGGUUUAUCUGGGCAAUGAUUGUGGCAGAAGUUAUAGAUAACGAUAGAUAUAUUUAGUGUAAAAUAUUGAAGCACAGGCCUCAGGUUUGGUGAGCAUCUAGGGCAGGAUAGAAAUAGUAACUGCAUGUGCACAAAACUUCCUCCCCUUCCCUGCUGCCAGCAGGAAGAACACUCAAACACUCAGGGAGGAAUGCUGGUCUUGCCAGGAACCCUCAGAUGAGAAAUGGGCUGCCUUUUGUGUCCCAGAGCAGCACACAGUGUGCCCUCAGAAACAGAGGAUUUUAGGAAUGCUGCUGCUUUAUUCUUCCAGCCAACCCUGUUUCACUGAGGAGCUGUGGGGUUUGGGCCAUGGAAAUAACUGAUCUGAGAUAUUGCUGAUGCAAGAAGUUGUCAAAUAUCAGCCAUUCUGGGAUGCUGUUCAGAAACUGUAGGAGCCAACUGUUAGUUUAUCCUCUAAAAAAAAGGAUAACUUGAAAUAUUUUCCCCCCAAAGGUCAGAUUUUUUGCAAAGGGCAAAUUUCAAAGUUGUAUUCCUUAGUCUAGGUAUACUGUAGGUUCUCAGGAAAAAUCAGACACAGUCAGUGUGCAUAACUAUUUUUCCAGCUCUUGUUCUCAAAAGUGGCUUCAGUAACACUUUAAAGCAUGGAAAAUUAAUAAUAAAUACUUAAAUUCUCAGCAAAGCUAUAAAGAAUGGCAAAUAGAGUAAGUCAGUGAAAGACAUAAUAUUUAGCUGUUUCAGCAGCUGCUUGUAACAAGGUCCUGUUAUUAGUAUGAGAAAAGUGCAUAAAUUUUUUGUUAUUUGAAAACCAGCAAGAAAUUCAAGAAAUUUUUGACUAUUUCCUUGGACAUUAAAGAUUUGAUUUCUGUUUUAAAUUAAAUUGCAGACCCUUAAUAAAAAAAAAAAAAUAGAACACAUCUCAGAAUUACAGAAAUAUGAACAAGAUGUUAACACAGCCUAAAAUUCUGGAUGGAUUCCACUGCCCACACUGCUGUCCCGUGCACAUUCCCACAGUCACUUCAAAGAGUGGCACAGGGCAGACAAUUCCCUUCCCAAGAAUUAAUGGGCAAAAGAAUUUCUCAUUUCUACAUGACACUUUUAAGGAAUUACAUUUGCUCCUUCAGGAGAUGACUACAGCAGAUUUUGGCCAAGGAGAUUUUAAAGUUAUUCAGUUUAUGUCCAUUUUUUUUUUUUUUUAAUUUGGAAUGCAAACUAGUCUCAGAUCUUUUUCUGAUCAAUUACUUCAGCAUCUCCCCUAUGUGCAGAUAAACUAAUACUUUAAAAUACCCCAUCUAUAGAGGGAAGCAAAGUGAUCAGAUUUUAGGAUUAAAAUGGUAUUAAAGAUUUACUGGCUCACCAGGUACAGUUUGGAUCUGAUUCUUGCCAACACAACUCAUUUUACUGUCAUAGCAUGGAAGAACUCUGGUUAGCAAUCAGACCCCUCAAACAGCUUAAGGCAAGAGACAGCAGAUGGAUAGAGAAAUAUCCUGGGAAACAACGGUAUGAUUUAAGUUUUCAGCAAAACUACAAAUUACUCGUUUUUGAGCAUCGUUUGGGGGGGAAAUAUUUAUUUGUUUACUUAUUCUGGUGCCCUAGGUACUUUUUGUCAGAGGGGAAGGGGGGAAGAAAAGGAAGGUUUUGUGCCAAGUAUUAGGGAAAUCUGAGGUUCAUUCUUCUCUCCUCCUUAUGUAUUUCCUUUAAAGCUGCUGUUUAAAAAAAAUUAGUUACUUUGUACCUUUUCAAAAUUUCCGAUCCCGCUUUUGCUUUAAAUACAAAGUGACACCUGAUAGGAAGGUUUCCACUUACAGAAAGCACAUCUUCCAUUGCAUUUAAAGAAACCCCAUUUUGUGUUAACUGCCAUUUCCAUGUGCCUUUGUGCCUUGGUUCCAGCAGCUGCUGCAGAGCUGAAGUGCUGCCAGCCAGCAGAGUUUGCAUUAUUCCUGCCCUGCGCAGGUCUCGGAAAUACCAGCAGUUGCACUAAGCCUGUUCUCAUGAGAGAGCUGGCACAAGGCUGCACAUCAAAGAGCUUAUAAUAAGCAUCCAAACAUUUGUUUGUUUAUUCAAACUGCUGAAACUUGGGGAGAUUUAUUCAUCACGAGAGCUGGGUCACAUACGAUUGAGUUUGAAUUUCCUCAUUUCUGACGGAAAGCCUGGACAAACUUGGGCCCCAUCUGAGGCCGAGCAGCUGGGGGAUAUCCUGCUGUGGCUGCAGAGGAACAGUUUCAGUCUCUCCUAAAAAGCUCCCUGUGACUUCACUGAAAAUCUGCAACUGCAUUUGACAAAUGCAUUUGCAGCUGUCAUGGUACUGUUUAAGCAUAAGGUCUGCAAAUAAUGGUCCCUCUGAGAAACCCCUCAUCCUUUAGGAAGUGUUGGAAUGUAAGGUGGAGCGUGGUAUCUGUGCUUGCUUAUGUCCCAAGUGUUUUCCUGAUAAUCAUUUGCAUAUAAUUUUUGUAUUUAGGUUUAAUCAGCUUUAUUAUCCUUCUUUUACUGAAGAUUUAAAUAAUAUGUGGGUUUGAUCUAAGAUUAUUGAUAUUGUUAUGUGUCGUGGGAUUUUUUUAAUUUAAUGUAAUACCAUUUCUUCAUGUUUCAAUUUAUGAAAUACAAGAAUAUAAAUGCAAGGUAUAAACUUUCACUAAAUGAAUUACAGAGGUGCUUAAAGAAAAAUGUGUAAAUUAUUUAAUUUAAAUAUUUGUACAUACUUUAUCUUGUGAACCCUUUGUACAGUGAGGAAGUAUUUCCUUUUAUGGGCUAAGGAUGAAGGGGCUGAUGUCAAAGACAAUUUGCUAUUUAUUCCUGUCUGGUCUUUAUUGCUGUAUCAUUUGUGAAGAACGAUCACAAAUUCUUCAAAGCUAUCAGUGUUUGGUGUUGACCAUUAUAGCAAAAUUUUAAAAUAUAUUUUCACAUAGAACACAGACUUCCUUUUAUUCAAGUUUAAUAAAAGCAAGUCUAGUUGAGGAAUAGCUGCAAUCCCAAAAUUGAGUUUUUAACUCAAGUUCACCAAUAGGAAAAAUCGUGUGUAGAACUGAGCUCAUCUUUGUUGUGCAGCAUGGUAGCUCAUUUUCCUUUGAAAAGAGCUAAAAAGAAGCUGCCUUUGAUUUGUGCACCAGUGCUGGUGUUUUCUGUGGAACUGACUUCUGGCUCACUGGGAAUAACAACAUGUACUCAGGAUUAUUCCCUGCCAUCUGCCCUGAGGGCAACCUGCUGCUUUUAUACAUGUAUUUCAAACAUGAUUUGGCAGCACAAAACAAAACGUUGAAAUGGCAUUAUUGGCCUCCCUGCAGGAGGGAUUUGAAAUAGAAUUCAGAGUCUGCUCGUAGGGGUUCUGUGUCUGGUGCAUGCAGGUGUGACAGUCUGUGCCUACAGCAUCUUUCUAAGGAAAUCUGAUAUAGGAAAAAAGGUACCUUUCAAAGGUAUCUACCUUUUAUUUUGCUGUGUGAACCACCAAACACAGUAGGUAUCACAAGCACAAUCUAUUACAAAUGUUCUAGCUAUCAUUUGUACUUACUGCUUUUUAUUUGUAACAUACAAUGCUUUAUUUCCUCAAAUUGCUGCAACUUGGCAUUUUCACUUCAUCAGUGUCACCAGACAGGUAUGUUGUCUCCUAAGGUGUUUGUGUCACGUUUGCAAAAGCUCUGCUGGACUUCCCUGUGCUGACCUGCAGCCACUUCCUUUACCCUGUCGCUUCAUAUGACACAAACCCACUGUGUAACUGAGCCCACCCUAAGGAAGGCUGUUUCCUCCUUUCUUUUUUCUAUUGUGCUCACAGUUUUUUUAAAUCUUUUUCUGUUUCUGAAGCUGGGGUGUGUUUUUUUCUUGAGCUCCUUUAUUGCAUCAGUCUUGUCAGAGUCCAUUGCUGUGGAUGUUUUGAAACAGAAUUCCUGUUGCAAGGACCUCAAUUUCAGAUGAGCUGCCUCUGCCAGGGGAUAGGCAGUGUGCACAAGAGACUGAUCUGAUUACAGGCUGGACCUUAAAUAAGGACUGCAAGAUCAAGCAUGAGGUACUUGAAGUAGUUUCACUACUUGAAGUAGUAUUAAUAUUUUGUUGUAUUUUCUCAUGCUGGGUAUGCAGGUGAUCCCUGUUGUGGUAAAGACCCCAGCCUUAUGCUCAAUGCCAGGAGUUUCAUGGCAUUCUUUCCACUUGAAAGAAAAAAGAUUGGCAGGAUGGGGAAGUCCUGAGCCACUGAAAUCCCGGUGGCACACCAGUCCUGUGUUGUACUCCAGGUGUGUAGGAGUGCAGUGUCACCAGGCAGCCUGUGUGGGACGUGCUGCAGAGCUGGGAGCAGGUCACCACCCUCCUGCAGGUGACUCACAGCCACCCGUGCUCACCCUGGCCAUGCAGGGCUCACGUCUCAUCCCCACACACACAGCAGCUCUCUCCAUGGAAUGACAGUGCCUUGGCCCUUCCGGCAGAGCAGAAACCUGCAUGGUUCAGUUACUUUUUUAGUAGUAAGGAACCUGACCAAUGUCUCAGUGCUAUUGGUGUGCUCCAGAACCCUCUCUGAGUGGUUUGACAAAGUCUGGCUUAGCAGCUUCCUAGGAGACCUGCCUUCUGAGCAGCUCCUGCUGUUCCACAGCUCUUUACAAACAGUUGCUCAGAAUUUUCUCUAGGAAUGCAGCACCACAGUUUAAGUGCUCCGGGAUGUUGAAGCCCUCCCUCACGUCUUAAAUGGUCUGUUAUCUGGUAGGACACAAAAAAUGCACAGUGUUGUUAAUGUUGCCAAACCCUAAUCAAUAGAGCCAGCAAGUGUUUCAUUAAAUCAAGAUAUCAAUAUUAAAGAGAAAACAAAAUAGCUUAUUGUUUCCAGUCAGCUGUUUUGGGUACAUUUUACUUCAGUAAAUACAGAACGUAGAACGAGCACAGUUCUUGCAAGGAGUAGUCAAACCUAAUUCUCAUGGAAUGCUUGUUUCCCAGUAAAAACCACUAAUUCUAGCCAAGUUCCCAAGUUUCUUUCUGUUAGAACAAUGCAAAUGACACUUCCAAGGAUGAAUGGAUGCCCUGGUCUCGCAGGGAUUUUUAGGAAGGACAACAUAUCUUGCACUUGUGAAUGUUAAAGUCACAUCUAGCUACACACGAUGAUGCAUUCUCAAAUGUUACCAGCCUACUGAUAUAGGAUGAAAAACUUGAACUAAACAUUUUUUUCUUUUUUACAUUCUGAUUUUUUCUGCCUUCUUUAAAAAAGGUUGAAUUCACAGUGUUUGUAUAGAAACUGUAGGAACCUAUGUGCUUUAAUCCUUUCAGACUGAAUGUAAACCAACUUAAUUUGAAACACGGUUUUGCCUUAAUGGUUUUAAAAAAAUAAAAUAUUUUUAAAAGUGAA